AAAUACUUAUUUAUGCAUCCAAACAUUGAAAUUAAAGAAAUUUUGAAUUUAUUAUUGCAAGCAGACUUACUAAAAUUUUGAAAAUAUUUAAUGAUUGCCAAAUACAUAAUAAAGUGAAGUACCACAGAAUGGAAAAGGGAACGAUUUUGUUAUUAAUUGGUUGUCUGCAGAUUUUGCAUUGUCUGAUUUUGGUAAAUAGUGAAAAUGUCGGCAUAGCAACGUCAUCAGUGCAAAAUGCAUUGCCAAAUAAUACGACAAAAAAUAACACAGAGUCUUUGUCACAAUUAUUAAAUACAACAGGAAGCAAUGCCAAUGUACAUAAGAAUCGCAAUAUAACACCAACUGGAACGGAAAACAACACGAAAAGUGCAAAUAUACCGAUAGAUCGAAAUAACAAUAAGACAGAGGAGUUAGGGAAAAACGGUAUGGCUACCAAAAAUUCGGAAAACAAAGAAGAUAGUUCUCAAAAUUCUACCACUAACCUUGGUGUAAUAACAGUGAAUGCAACAGAUGUAACAAUCCCAAAGGACAAGUUAAAAACAACAAAUUUGAAACCGGGAAUGCAAAACGAAAAUAUCUCGCAGGCAUCAAAUAAAACAACGGAAAUAAAAUAUAUUACGAAACCAACAAAAACUACCGCUUCAACCAAAGGAAAACCCGUAUCCAGUAAUACAACUGCUACUACAACCACCACCACCACUACGACCACACCCAAACCAAAGAAACCUAGUAUCACUUUUGGACUUGGUGAUUUCCCAAUUUUGCCAGGAGAGUCGAACGUUAUAAAUGCGAUGGUAGCAUCUAGCUCAAAACUGCCAGUGGCUAACGACCCCGUCGUGCCACCGAAUGUGCAACCGUCACAAGAGUUAAACAACGGCUUCAACUAUUAUAGCAGCCGAGAUUACAUAGUACCCAUAAUGACAGUUCUCUUCACAAUACCCUUGGCAAUUGGAGUUGUUAUUACCACUUAUCGUCGAUUCCGCGAUUGCUGGUCUACGCGACAUUAUCGCCGAAUGGAUUUCUUGGUUGAUGGCAUGUACAAUGAUUGACAAAUGGAUACUAAAGAUAUAUCCGAUAUCACCAUCGGAAAAUAUGAAGCAGAGACAGAUGAUAAUGCUGUAGGUAUUGCUCAGCAAUUAGUACCGCAAUGCACAAUAACAAUAUCUUAAUACAUAGUAGUUGUGACAAGAGAGAGUGAGAUUCGAUAAGUACUAGUAGUUAAAAACAAAACUCUAUUAGUUUUUUACAAACAUUUUUAAAAUCGGCAUUUGUUUAUAAUCAAAAUUUGCAUGCAAUUUGCGAAUUCUUUGUAAUUUGAAAACCAAACGAAUUAUGUUCAUAUUUAUGAACGUGCAAACAUUUUGGGGAAUUCAUAAAAUUUACGUGUUUAGUAAAAUCUUCUGUAAAAAUAUCUCUCAAGUCUUUGUACUUCCAAAAACGUUUGAAUUACUGUCAUCUUGUAAAAUAUUUUAUUUAAUUAAAAAGCCAAUUGUGCAAUUGUACGUUACAAUUAAUCCAAACGAUAUAUACAAUUGUAGCAUUUUAAGAUAAGCAUUUUUAUUUAUCAUACUGUGGCAGCAAUUGGCGUGCGUUGAUUUAAGAAAAAAAGCAAUUUGUUGAUUAAUCAAAAUUUCAGCCAAAUUCUUUAAAUAGAAAACAAGUGUAAUAUAUGUAUAUGGUGCAAUUUAGAGCUCAAAAAUUACCAAAUCUUAUAUUAAUAAGUGUAUUACACUUAAACAUAGCAUUUAUAGAAAGUAAAAGCACAUACUUUUAAAAAAAAUAUUUCGGAAAUGCUAAAGUAUUAGUAAAUUAGAUGACUAGUUUGAGUUACCCAUUUCUUAAUUGGCUUCCAUAUUGAUUAUUAAAAGAAAUAUAUAAAAUAUAUUUUUCUUUUCAGUGACAAUAAUUUAAAACCAAAUGAUGAAAAAUAUAAAAUUGAAAUUAGUAUUGCUAAUAUAUGAAAGCAAUUAUAAAAAUACUUAGAUUUGAAAGUGCCUUAUAAAUGCUAAAGCAUUUAUUUCAUAUAGGGUACGUCUAAUAUUUGUGCAUAGUUAUUAAGAAAGUAUAAAAAAA